AUGUUCUCACCUCCCAGAGUCAUGGACGAGGACGAGAUUGCGGUGGACCCCGACUUCCAUGAAGUCGUAGAUUCCUACGAACCGAGCGACUUCCGCUCGUGCGUUCCCCAGUUCCUCAGUUGCCCAAAUCACUUUCUUACCUUUUGUUACACAGUGAGACAUGCAGUCUGGUCUCGAGCAUCUAUCACGGGGUCAUGGAAAAUGGCAGACGAUAUCAGACGAUGCGUGAGGGAAAAUAUUGGUACAUACCCUCAAUGGCAAGAGGUGUCCGCAAUGCUUAUCCAACCCAGGGGUCCAUCCGACGAUUUACAAUUCGAGACAUAUGAAGCAGGUCACUUGGUGGCGCUCGUCGUGGACUCAGAAGCACCCAAUCCGCUGUUGCAAGCACCGGUCGAACAUCCAAAGCAUAUCCUCGACAUCGGAACAGGACGCGGAAGCUGGGCUGUUGAUGCAGCUGAUAGGUUUCCCGAUGGUUGGUCUUUCUUCCCGUGGCUUGCGCUGGAUACGCUGAUCUCUCCCGCAGCCACUAUUCGCGGCGUUGAUCUCUACCCGCCACCUGUAGAGUGGGUGCCCCCAAACUGUCUCUUUGAGUUAGAUGACGUACUUGAGGAAUGGACUUGGAAAGAGCCGUUUGAUCUCAUUCAUAUGCGGUUCAUGCUAGGCGCAUUUACGCCCGCUGAAUGGGAUUCUGUUUACAAACAGUGCUACGACAACCUCACUCCAGGUGGUUGGCUGGAACAGAUGGAAGGUGAUUGUAAUAUCUUAACCGACGACAAUUCGAUUCCUGAGGAUAGCAUGCUACACUCUUGGGGAGAGAACAUCGUCGGGUCCGCAGCAAGAUCCGGUCGCCCCGUAGAAACCGUGCAUACAAUGCGAUCCGCUAUUGAGAACGCCGGAUUUGUUGAUAUCCAUGAGAAAGUGUAUAAGUGGCCGAUUGGGAUGUGGCCCAAGGAUCCCAUUCUCAAGGAGGCGGGUCGUCUAAAUCACCAAAUGUGGAAAACCGGGCUGGAAGGAUGGGCCAUGUGGCUGCUCACAAAAUUCGGAAACCCAAAGCCAUGGACUACGGAGCAAGUCCAUGUUUACGUGGCUAAGACUCGAGCCGACAUAGCGAAUCCCAAGCACCACAUCUACCACUACUUACGAAGAAUCUGGGCUCGCAAACCCACAAAUGAAGAAAUAAUGAAAACCCGCACGACAAUG